CAACCCAUCGUCCGACCGCAUAUCAUGGCUCCUCGUCCCAAUCUCACUGGUUUCGACCCCCAAAAGUUCGCUGCCGCCUCGGGCCAGCCCAGAAACGACCCUUGGGCCAGAUACGAGGCCUGGAGAUAUACCGGUCCCUUCUCGCGCUGGAACAGAUUCAAGGGCUCUUUCCCCGGUCUCGGUAUCGCCACUGUCGCCUUCGCCGGUUACCUCGCCUACGAAGCCGUAUUCCUUAGCGACGACCACGGCCACGGAGAGGCUGGCCACGGCAAGGACCACCACGGCAUCGCCGCUUGA